UCUGUCUCAAAAAUAAAUAAAUGUUAAAAAAAUUAAAAAAAAGAAAAAUUCCUUAAAAAACAGAGCUCUUGUAAAAUAUGAACAUAAUAAAUGAAAAUCUCAAUAGAAGAGCUUGAAGGUAAGGUUGAGAAAGUAUUCCAGGAAAUAUUGCAAAAGUAUUUUAAAAUGGCAAAAAGGUGAGAAAAAAUAAGGAAAUUAGAGAUCAUACCAGAGGUCCAACAUCUUAUUUGUAGUAAUUGAGAGAGACAGAGAGAGGAGAGAGAGAGAAAAAAAAAUAACAUUACCCAUGAACUAAUUCCAGAAAAUUUCUAAAAGCUGUAGAAAAUUAGUUUCCUAGUAGAAAGUGCUUACCAAUUGUCAAUGCAUGAACUUAAACCCAAACCAAGACACAUCAGUGUUUAAUUUGAAAAUAGCACAAUGAUGAAAUACUCCAAGAAGUAAAAAUACAGGUUAUAUAGAAACUAUAAAAUAAGGUUUCCUUUAGACUUCUUAGCAAGCACAUUGAUUUUAGGGAGCUCACUGACAAAAUAUUUUAAAAUUCUGAAGAAAAAUAUUUCCAACCUCAAACUCUAUCAUCAAAUUUCCAAUCAAGUUUGAGGGCAGACUAAAGAUAUUUUAAUACCCUCAAGGUCACAACAAAAUGUAACUCUCAUACAUUCUUCUCUGGAGACUACUGGAAUAUAUCUAUUAAAAUGAUAGAGUAAUCCAAGAGAGGAAGUCAGAAUAAAAAGAGAAGAGAAUAUUGAAAAAAAGAAAUGAAAUGAAUCUUCAAAUGAUGUCCAAAAAUAAUCCCAGGAUGACAACUGUGUCUCAAGUGCAAACUAGUCCAAUUUGGAGCUGUGUAACUCAAGAGACAGGCAUUUUGGAGGAUAUCAUCAUCAAGUCUCCUGACAUCUUUUCAGAUGAAACUAUUAUAGGAUGAAUCUAUUAAAGCCAUGGAGUAAAUCAAAAAAAGAGGAAGAAAUAAAAUCCUAAAAUAGGAAAUCCAACGAGAAUAAAAGACAAAGAGAACUCCAAGAAUGACAGCAAAGGAAAGUUCCAGGAAGAUAGCAAUGCAGCAGAUGUAGAAAACAAACACUCAAUUUAAAGAAAAUUGGUAUCUCGGGAGAUAUGGGAAUGACCAUGUGGAAAAUUCUACUGAGAGGCAAUUGGAAGUAUGGGAAGAACAUGUGAUAAAUAAUAAAGAAAAUCAAGUAAAUGAAAAAGCAAGGCAAUUAUUAACUUCAAGAAAACAGUGAAAAAGAAAAUAUAAUUAGUAUACAACCAUGUUUGAAAUAGUACUACAACUAAAGGAAGGCAUGAAAGGGCCUUGAGUGUACAAGAGCUAAACCUAAUCCAAUAUAAUGAGUCAAUUGAUAAUGCCUAAAAUUAAUAAAAAUACAGCAGAAUACAGAAUAAGGCAGAAGAGAAAACUAAAGGAGUUUAAAAUGACUGCCUAUUGGGAAGGGAUCUAGGAAAGUAAGGAAACAAAGGAGGACAAAGAUUUUAUUCUAAACCACUUAGUACUAUUUGAUUUUGAACCAAGGGUCACAUAUUUUGAAAAAAGAACCGCAUUUUAAAAGAUCAGCAAAAUAGAGACCUUACAAGUCUCCCCAAGAAUAAAAAGGAGAUAAAAAAUUAAACAUUACUAAUAAGAACAAGGCUAUAACCAAAGAUAAAAAAUACAAUGAAUUUUGCAAAUCCAGAUAAAAUGACUAGUUUUUAAAAUUAAAUACAAAUUACUUUAAAACUAAACAAAACCUGGACAGAUAACCAAAAGUGAAAUGGAAAAGAUAGUCAUUGAUUUACCACCAGCAAAGCCACCAAACCCCCAAUCCAUUAAAAAAUUGGAGAAAGGUUUAAGAUUUACUUCUGGUGGGAAGCCAGAGUUUAAUUUCCUGUUCCCAGAUUAAGGAAAACAACAAAUUUACUUUUCUACUAAUUCAGACUAUCAGAGGGGUAAACAAUAUAGGCCCUUACUAACAUUACUGUGACCAUUUAAGGUAAAUGGUAAUAAAACCGCAAAGACACUUGGGGGGGGGGGGGGGAAGCUACUCCUGUUGCAGUUCCUUUAAUCCGCCAUCUUUUUGUUCUAUUCUUGAAAGUGGGAAUAACAUCCACAAAACGCAAGGUGGCGCUGCAGGCUUAAAAAGAGGGGGAAAUAUUCGCACAAAGGAUGUUACAGACUCCAGUUUUCAGAGGAAAGCUGGCCAGACAAGAAAAGUAGAAGAAAGGAAACCGUGGUGUUGGAGUUGGGGAAAAGUAGGACCCCUCCCCACAAACAUACCAACUCAUUUCUAAGGAUUCGGUUUCUGCCAUUUCUGAGAACUGCUUGAGGCCGAGCGAACGUGGUUUUGAAAGAUUGUUUAAACGAAGAAUGGAGGCCAGAGUGAUGCCUGAAGUGCAGAAAAGGCAAGUGUUUUUUCUUUGUGUAUUUCUGGGAAUGUCUUGGGCUGGCACAGAACCGCUUCGGUAUUUUGUAGCGGAGGAAACGGAGAGAGAGACCUUUCUGGCCAACCUAGCAAAUGAUCUGGGGUUGGGGGUGGGGGAACUGUCAGCUCGGGGAUCUAGAGUCAUUUCAGAUGAGAACAUACGAUUUUUACUAUUCAAGCCGCUUACUGGUGAUUUACUUCUAAAUGAGAAAUUAGACCGAGAGGAACUGUGUGGGCCCAGAGAGCCGUGUGUGCUACCUUUCCAGUUGUUACUUGAAAAGCCUUUUCAGAUUUUCCGUGCUGAACUAUGGGUCAGAGACAUCAACGAUCAUUCUCCAGUAUUUCUAGAUAGAGAGACUACCUUGAAAAUAUUAGAAAGUACCAAUCCAGGGGCAACAUUUCUCCUAGAAAGUGCACAGGAUUCAGAUGUUGGAAUCAACAACCUGAAAAACUACACCAUCAGCUCCAAUGCCUAUUUCCAUAUUAAUGUCCGUGAUAGUGGGGAGGGGAAUGUUUACCCUGAAUUGGUCCUGGAUGCAGUGCUGGAUCGUGAAAAGGUUUCUGAGCUCAAUUUAACCCUCACAGCCUUGGAUGGCGGGUCUCCGCCCAGAUCCGGGACUGCCCUCAUACGCAUCCUGGUUUUGGACAUAAAUGAUAACAUCCCUGAAUUUGUACAGUCCCUCUACAAGGUGCAGGUGCCUGAAGACAGCCCUGUUGGCUCCCUGGUUGUCGCUGUGUCAGCUAGAGAUUUAGAUACCGGAACUAAUGGAGAAAUAGUCUAUGCAUUUUUUUAUGCCACUGAAGUAAUUCUCAAAACAUUUCGAAUCAAUUCAACAUCUGGCAAGCUUUAUCUUAAAGCCGAAUUGAACUACGAGGCAAUACAAACUUAUACAUUAACUAUUCAGGCCAAAGAUGGCGGAGGGCUUUCUGGAAAAUGUACAGUGGUGGUCCAUGUAACAGAUAUAAAUGAUAAUCCACCGGAACUGCUUAUGUCAUCACUUACUAGCCCAAUUGCAGAAAACUCACCUGAGACAGUAGUAGCUGUUUUUAGGAUUAGAGACAGAGAUUCAGGGAACAAUGCAAAGAUGGUGUGCUCCAUCCAAGACCAUCUCCCCUUCGUCCUGAAGCCUUCAGUACAGAAUUUCUACACCCUGGUAACAGAGAGACCCCUGGACAGAGAGAGCCAGGCCGAGUACAACAUCACCAUCACCGUCACCGACUUGGGGACCCCCAGGCUGAAAACGCAGCACAACAUCACCGUGACGGUCUCCGACGUCAACGACAACGCCCCCGCCUUCAGCCAAACCACCUACACCCUGCGCGUCCGCGAGAACAACAGCCCCGCCCUGCACAUCGGCAGCGUGAGCGCCACGGACAGGGACUCGGGCGCCAACGCGCAGGUCACCUACUCGCUGCUGCCGCCCGCGGACCCGCAGCUGCCCCUGGCCUCCCUGGUGUCCAUCAACGCGGACAACGGGCAGCUGUUCGCGCUCAGGUCCCUGGAUUACGAGGCGCUGCGGGCGUUCGAGUUCGGCGUGCGCGCGGCCGACCGCGGCUCGCCCGCGCUCAGCAGCCAGGCGCGGGUGCGCGUGCUGGUGCUGGACGACAACGACAACGCGCCCUUCGUGCUGUACCCGCCGCAGAACGGCUCUGCGCCCUGCACCGAGCUGGUGCCCAGGGCGGCCGAGGCGGGCUACCUGGUGACCAAGGUGGUGGCGGUGGACGGCGACUCGGGCCAGAACGCCUGGCUGUCGUACCAGCUGCUCAAGGCCACGGAGCCCGGGCUGUUCGGCGUGUGGGCGCACAACGGCGAGGUGCGCACGGCCCGGCUGCUGAGCGAGCGCGACGCCGUCAAGCACAGGCUGGUGGUGCUGGUCAAGGACAAUGGCGAGCCGCCGCGCUCGGCCAGCGUCACGCUGCACGUGCUGCUGGUGGACGGCUUCUCGCAGCCCUACCUGCCGCUCCCGGAGGUGGCGGCGGCCGAGGCGCGGGCCGACCCGCUCACCGUCUACUUGGUCGUCGCCUUGGCGUCCGUGUCGUCGCUCUUCCUGUUCUCGGUGCUCGUGUUCGUGGCGGUGCGGCUGUGCAGGCGGAGCCGGGCGGCGUCUGCGGGUCGCUGCUCGGCGCCCGAGGGCCGCUUUCCGGGCCACCUGGUGGACGUCAGCGGCGCGGGGACGCUGUCCCAGAGCUACCAGUAUGAGGUGUGUCUGCGGGGAGGCUCGGGGACCAGUGAGUUCAAGUUCCUCAAGCCCAUUAUCCCUAAUCUGCAGUUUCAAAGUACAAGAACGGAAGUGGAAGGAUAUCCCUCAUUUCAGAAUGAUUUGGGUUUCUGAUAAGGGAUGGAACAUAAAUGUCCAUAUUGUGUCUGUAAAUAUUUUUCUAUUAUGAAAUUCGUCCUGAGUUACCUGUAGAGGAGUGCUUUAAUAUUAUUUAAAGUCAGGGUAAAUUUCUUUACGGAGAAACGGAUCCAGCUUUAGCCCUAGGAAACUUCCACAAAGCAGGCAAUGUAUAUGUGUUAUAUUUUAUCUCAAACAAUUGUGCAUUUUUUGCAGCCUAUUACGUGAUUAAUCUUGUUUAUGAUGUUUUAAGUUGGUUUUGUCUUUAAAAUUUUGCUACUCUUAUUUUCUGAGUUGGAGUGUUGUAGUAUACCUACUCUUAGUUUUAGAAGUAUAGAUAGUAUCUUUUAAAGCUUUUUAAAAAACGCUUGCUAUGCAUCAUACACAAUUUUAACACUUUUAAUAUUAGAAGUAAAUCUGUAAGGUGUUUUAGAAAUGAGCAAAUAGAUAUUCAUAGAGGCCCAGCGAGUUCACUAGGGUCAGCAACUAAUAAAUAGUAGAGCUGAGCAUCUCUCCUAGAUCUGUCUGACUCUGGGAUCUUGCUAUGAUGCUAUACAGCUUUCUGUCAUUAGAUAUCACCUGGCAAGUUUCUCCUAAUUAAGGAGAAGAAUCUUCUCAGGUUAGUAUUCCUGUUGAGUGUUUUCUACGUUUGGAGAUAAUAAUGUGUGUAGUGGUCUGUGGUUAUAUGUUCUCAUAUACCAAUAAGCCAGCUUUUCUGGAUCAAUUAUUCAACUAUUAUUAUUAGAGCUGUGAUCUGACCAAAGCUUAAGUUAAAAAAUAUUGAAGGAUCCAUUUGUGCUUUCUCCUUGUUAUCUGAACAUAUGACCUUCAUAUCACAGAAAACUUAAUGACUCUGAAUAGAAAUAAUACAUCAGUUUGAUUGCUUCAUUAGUUUAUUUUUCCUCACAUUGCAAUAACUUUUCUACAGUGGUCCCUACCUACUUUUUUUUUUUUUUUUCAACGUU